UGAGUGGGCAGAGGUUUGAUGUUUAGGAUUAGGAUUAGAAUCUAAAAUUAAAAUUAACGUAGUAACCCGAUUAUAACUUAGAUAAAUCAUGAUUAUAGCAUUGAGAAAUAAUUAUUGUCUAGUUUUUAAACGUAAUUUACUACAAGUAACUGGAGAAAUGUUUUAUUUUCAGUUUAGAGGAUUUUUAUCCCGUCAUUUGCGAAGGAGAAAAUUUGGGAAUUAUAACCUUGUGAUGCCAGCUCAGGUCAGUCCAAUGAGAAAAGUGGGAAAAGAGGUUCCCACUCCGAGUUACUAUAAAACUAGAAUUCCGUCUCCCUCACCCUCGGUACCAGAGAUCAAGACUCAGGAACAAAUAAAUGGAAUGAGGCGGAGUUGUAAGCUGGCCCGAGAAGUGCUCGAUUCACUUGACACUGUUAUAAAGGUGGGUAUGACAACAGAUGAGCUGGAUGUCUAUGUUCAUGAUUGGGUGACGAGCCGAGGUGCCUACCCUUCCCCCCUCAACUACCGUGGCUUCCCCAAGUCCAUUUGUACUUCUGUGAAUAAUGUUGUCUGCCAUGGUAUACCUGAUAACAGACCUCUGCAUGACGGAGACAUUGUCAACGUGGAUAUUACGGUAUAUUACCAAGGGUAUCACGGUGAUUGCUCCGCUAUGUACUUGGUCGGUGAGGUGGAUGAUAAAGGAAAACAUCUCGUGCGGGUCACACUGCAAGCUCUAGACCUUGCAAUUAGCAUCUGCAAACCGGGCCAGGCGUUUUCUGCAAUAGGUAACACAAUAGAGAAAUUUGUGAAAGAAAAUAACUUGAGCGUUGUACCGAACUACGCUGGCCACGGUAUAGGAUCGUAUUUCCAUGGACCUCCGGAUAUUAACCAUUAUGCGAACUCCCUGUCAGGGAAAAUGGCUGCCGGGAUGACCUUCACGAUAGAGCCGAUCCUAAGUCAGGGCUCGCCUCGUAUGGUGAUUCUUGACGACCAGUGGACUUCCGUGACGGUGGACGGGUCACGUACCGCACAGUGGGAACACACCGUACUCGUCACGCCCACCGGUGUAGAGGUCCUAACUGGGCCUCCAUACGUGUUCGCUCAAGGAUAAUUGACAUCGCAUGUUAACAUAUUACACAUCACUGAUGUCCAGGCCUUACAGCAUGGUGAUAGUUACAUUUCUGAACAUGUCUGUAUUUGUUUUUGGUCCUUAUGAGUUUAAGGUGGUGCAAUCGAUUUUGGGUUGAAUAAAUGUUUAACAAAU